AUGGCUCCCGAAAAGAAAAGAAGAAAUAAACGCAAGAGCAGGACCGCAGAAGUUUCUUCCGCCUCUUCCUCAUCCGAAAAUGAAAGUGACAGCGUUGUCUCAGACGUCGCUCCAGAGCCAGAACCCAAGAAGCAAAAACAAAGCAAGCCAAAGACCAAGAGCAUGCCAACAGAAGACUCGGCUGCUGCAAACGAACACGUCUCGGUCCCGGAACGCAAAGUAAACAAAAGCUCCGAUCAGGCUUUUGAGGAAUUCUAUCUCCGACAAGCAGCGCAGGAAUUCGCCAAUGAUCUUGAUAAGCUACGCUCAGCUGGAGAUUUCAGUGCGAAGAGUGUGCCGAUGUUGAUUGCGGCACUCAAGCAGGGCUCUGCCUGUUUUGGUGCGGAGGAGAAGGCGAGAGUUGCCGGCGCUGUUAAGGGAUGA